AUGAAGUCUUCGGUGUUUUCAUUCGUUACUGCCUCCCUAUUGGCCCUACCAGCUCUCGUGGUUGGUCAACUUUCUGGUACAGUUGGUCCUACCACUACAACAGCUCAAAAAGCUGCAGUGAAGAUCUGUAACAUUCUCAACUACGGCGGUGUUGCUUCUGCUACUACCGACAAUGGACCUGCUAUUCUGAAAGCAUGGACAGCAUGUAUAGACGGAGGUGAAGUCUACAUCCCCUCUGGAAGUUAUGGUCUCGGCACUUGGGUCACCCUCACUGGAGGAACCGGUGUAUCCAUUAACUUGGAGGGAACUAUCUAUCGAACUGGUACUGCGAGUGGAAACAUGAUAUUCAUUGAACACACAACCGAUUUCGAGUUUUACAGCGGUAACUCUAAGGGUGCUAUCCAGGGUUACGGCUAUGUCUUCCAUUCGGCGGGCACAUACGGUCCAAGAAUAUUGCGUCUUUACCAAGUUACAAGCUUUUCAGUUCAUGGUAUCGUCUUAGUUGAUUCUCCUGCAUUCCAUCUCACAGUCGACACUUGCACAGACGGUGAAUUAUACAAUUUGGUCAUUCGAGGUGGCAAUGAAGGUGGUUUGGAUGGUGUUGAUAUCUGGGGAACCAAUAUCUGGGCACACGAUAUCGAAGUCACAAACAAAGAUGAAUGUGUUACUGUCAAGAGUCCUGCUAGUCACAUCCUAGUCGAGAACAUCUACUGCAAUUGGUCAGGAGGAAGUGCCAUCGGAAGUCUUGGUGCCGAUACUGCAAUCUCCAAUGUCGAAUACAACCACGUUUACUCCCAAAACUGCAACCAAAUGAUGAUGAUCAAAUCAAACGGUGGUUCUGGUAGCUUCAAAAGUGCAACAUUCAACAAUUUCAUGGGACAUAGCAAUGCCUAUACUCUUGACAUUGACAGUGCUUGGACUGGGCAAUCUGUCGUAGCCGGCAGCGGAGUCACCUACUCCGACUUGACAUUCUCUAACUGGCGCGGUACCUGUGCAAACGGUGCAGCCAGAGCUCCUAUUCAAUUAUUCUGUCCGGCUGCCAUCCCUUGCAAGGACAUCACCAUCUCCAGUUUCUACAUCUGGACUGACACCGGAUCCUCGGAAUUGUACAAGUGCAACAACGCUUAUGGAAGUGGACCUUGUCUCAAUUCUGGAACGACCUAUACAACUUACACUUCAACUGGAACCGUUACUUCUGUUCCUACUGCUUCAUAUGCCUACACCACCAUGCCUGGAGAAAUUACCAAUGGUCUAGGUAUUACCGUUAGUAUCGCCAUCCCAACUCAUCCCGCAUCAUACUACCCCGGUAUUGCUCCUUAUAGCGCGCUCGCAUGA